AUGAAACUUGUGGUGCUCAGCGUACUGUUGCUAAUAGGCAGCGUCUCUGCGCGACGUUCGAGACGGAAUCCCUUUGAAGAUUUUCUACUUAAGCGAACCCGCAUUAAUUGGCUACCCGUUUGGGACUCAGAUCAACAACCGGGCAACGCGAGAGCAUACAACCGCAAUACGUAUCCGGGUACAACGCUGCCAAUAUUUCCCAUAAGGCCACCAUUUGGUUUCGGUGUAUGCGACGCACCCAACGGCCUAGGCAUGCGUAAUCUCUUCAGACAGGCUAAAGCGUUGUUGCCACGCGAGCGCAUACGCAACAUUGUACGCGACGCAGCUGGAGAUCCGCAAAUACAGGCUCUACUUAAACUGGUGAAAACGCCGGAAUAUCGUCAACGUACCGCCAACUUGAGUCGUUCGCGUGAGUAUACAGGCUAUCGUAAUUUUGCUUGUUACAAAAUGAAUUGCGAUUUGAGACUAUAUGCAGAUUUCGUAAGGAAUCUAUUGCAGUUUUCUGUGUUGGAAGAGUCGCCUUCCAAGAAUACCACUGGGGGGAACAAAGGGCGUCCGGGUAUACGUGGUGUGUUGAAUGACAUACAGGACGCCUUGCCACGUCAACGGCUACGCGAAUUAUUCGAACGUUUAUUGGCAACCGAUUGGUAUUUAAUACGUUCAGUUCAAAUAGUGCAAAGCUAUGAGUAUGAAGCGGUCUUCGGGAUGGUGCAACGAAAUCCAGAUUACCAAUAUUUGCGGCGUGCGCAGUCCCAGGUGGGAAUGCCGGUGGACGAGUUGAAGCGGUUAGUCUAUUUUGCAUUGGGUUGGCGUGAAGAGGCUCAAAAUCCAAACCUCUUUUUACUUAACAUAUUCAGUUGA